GCAGCUCCUGAACGCAGCAGCAGCAGACGACAGUUCGGUACCAGAGCAGCAACAUGGAGGAGUAUCCGUCCAAACAAGCCACCGAGAACCUUGACGACCCGCCCAACAGCCGCCUGUUCGUGGUCACCAGCCGGUCCAUCACCGAGGAUGAGCUCCGGGAGAGUUUCAACGGAUUCGGGGACAUCCAGGGGGUCUGGGUGGUCAAAGAUAAGCAGACGAAGGAGUCCAAAGGGAUCUCGUACGUCAAGUUCGCAAAGUCGUCUCAGGCCUGCCUGGCCAUGGAGGAGAUGCACGGGAAGGUUCUGGUGGAGGGGACGAAGCCCAUCAAGGUGUUUAUUGCUCAGUCACGGUCGUCUACGAGGCACCGAGACGUCGAGGACGAAGAACUGACCCGAAUCUUCGUCAUGAUCCCCAAAACCUUCUCAGAGGAGGACCUGAAAAACACAUUCAAAGAAUAUGGAGAUAUCGAGUAUUGUGUGAUCAUCAAAAAUAAGUUCACAGGAGAAAGUAAAGGACUGGGCUAUGUGAGAUACUACAAACCCUCCCAGGCUGCAAACGCCAUAGAAAACUGUGACAAAACCUACAGGGCGAUUCUGGCUGAACCUCGAACCAAAGCUACAGUCACAGAAGAUUACAGUGGAGGAGGAGGAGGAGGAAGAGGAGGAGGAGGAGGAGGAGGAGGAGAUUAUUCUGUCGGAGGAGACAACAUGAACCAGUACUCCUUCCCCAUGGGCGACCCCGGUAACUACCCGGUGAUGGACUACCGCUCCGGUGACUUCACUCGAUGCCUGAUGAUUUCCACCCGGGCGGCUCUGACUCAGGAGCAGAUCUUCGCCCUGUUCGACCUGAUUCCUGGGAUGGAGUACUGCGAGCUGCAGAGAGACGCCUACGGCAUGAGCAAAGGUCACGCUCUCAUUCGCUACAGUAAUCUGGGAUCAGCGGUUUACGCCAAGGAGAAGCUGAACGGCUUCGAGUAUCCACCUGGAAACAGGCUGGCCGUAAAUUUUGUGGACGACGGAGAAGAUCGCAGCAGUCCUGUAGGUCGGAUGGCGAUGCAGUUUGUUGCAGCUCAGAUGAUGUCUUCAGUGUGGAACGGACCUUCAACCAGCCAAGUGAUGAAACCUCCUAACUUCCCGGCCGUCUCUCAGAUGUCUCGGAUUCAGACCGACGUCAGUCUGCCGCCGCUGAAGAAGCUGGCUCCUCCCGACAGCAAGUCCAAGGAGCGUCUGUUCGUGGUGUUCAGUCCGUCGCCGCUGCCGCCCGACGUGCUGGAAGACGUGUUCUGCCGCUUUGGGUCCCUCAUCGAGGUCCAUCUGGUUCCAGGAAGGAAAGUGGGAUACAUGAAGUACGCAGACAAACAGUGUGCAGAUGAAGCCAUGGCGACGCUCCACGGUCACGUUGUUAACGGAGUGAAGAUGAAGGUGAUGCUGGCCGAUCCUCCUAGAGAGGAGUCGCACAAACGUCCUCGGACCUACUAGGACCGACCGGCGGUGAGUAUCACGUGUAGCAGAGGACACCAGUACGGGACCAGUUAGUAUUAUUAUUAUUAUUAUUAUUAUUAUUAUUAUUAUUAUGGUUAUAUGAUGAUUUAUAGACACUGUAAACGUCUGUCUGAGGCCUGAGUCAUGGUUGGUGCAACAUAAGCACAGUAAAGAAACACAUUUUCACCUCCUUUUUUAUGAAUGUACAGACAUGUUUCUGUAGCCUCUGAACCCAGAAACCACCAGCAGAUUUAAAAAAGGAUUUUAUCUAUUAUGAAAAGUCAAAAUGUCAACAUUUAUCAGCAAAAAACUCAGCUUUUUAACGUUCCAGUGGUCCUAAUCAUCUGUGAUGUGCUGUUGGAGGGAAAAUGAACCAAAUCUGAAAACUUUAUUUUGUCGUUUUAUCAAGAAGAGACUCCUCUAAGCUCAUUCUGUAAAAACACAAAAUUCUGUGCAGUAGUGAAUCCUAAUUCAGCCUUUUUUUUUUUUUUUGGCUGAACUGCAGGCAGUGCUUAAACAGAGCAGCAAGUACACAAAUAUAGGGCUGCAGCUAACGAAGCCUCGAGUAAUCGUCAAAGCAUUAAACGGCAUGAAAAGCGGAAGUGAGCGCGCAAUGCAACAGAAAUCACCAUCCGACCGGAGCGCGGAACACGGACGGACAUUGGCGCUGCAUCAUGCAUGUAUUAUGUAUGCACAAUGCAGCGCGGACAUCCGCGAUCUAUCGUAAACACGGAUGUCAGCGUUUACUAUACAGCUGUAUCUAAACGCGGACAUCCGCGCUGCAUCGUGCAUACAUAAUACAUGCACCGACCUUCUGCUUUUGAUGCCGUUUAAUGCUUUGACGAUUACUGGAGGCUUCGUUAGCUGCAGCCCUACACGAAUACACUCUACCAUUCAAAAGUUUGGGGUCACCCAGACAAUUCCAUGUUGUCCAUAAAACUCACACUUUUAUUCAUGUGCUAACAUAAUUGGACAAGGGUUUUCUAAUCAUCAAUGAGCCUUUCAGCUAACCUGGCAAUAGCCAGAUUAAUAAUCGUGUAGUACUUGAUAGUACUCCACAAUAUCAAUCUGGGACCGCUCCAUGUAAAUCCGUUCGGAGGAAAGAGGCACGGAUUGGACAAUGCAACAGUAUGUCCCGCCUCUGACAGGUUUGUUUUUAGCCAAUCGCGGGAUCUUCACAACGAGCGGAGCCAAUUGGUAGAUUAAACUCUUACCAAAACCCGUAGGUAAAAAAGCAAACAUCUUUACCAUCCAGAAAUGCACAAAGCGCCUCUCGUUGUUCUUCCUUCAAAGAAGCGAUAGGAGAUUCAGCUAAAACUGACUUAAUAGCUGCAUCUACACGAUCGUUGUCCUCCGUUGCCAUGUUUGUUUUGAUCUACUGGCGCUUGGUGUCGUCUUCACACCCGGAUAUCCCGCCCCACACACGAAUACUGCUGCGUGAUUGGCCCGAACCAACUUGGCUCUGUACGAACAGUGAAUGCGGGAGCGGAGCAAGAUGGUUUCUUGAGAGAUUUGUGAACUCACAAAUAUCGCGAGAAAUCAACUUGCUGGCAAGGUUACCUUUCAACAGCAUUAGCUAACACAAUGUAGCAUUAGAACACAGGAGUGAUGGUUGCUGGAAAUGUUCCUCUGUACCCCUAUGGAGAUAUUCCAUUAAAAAUCAGCCGUUUACAGCUAGAAUAGUCAUUUACCACAUUAACAAUGUCUAGACUGGAUUUAUCAUUCAUUUAAUGUGAUCUCUUCAUUGAAAAAUAUAAUGCUUUUCUUUCAGAAAUAAAGACAUUUCUAAGUGACCCCAAACUUUUGAGCAGUACUGUAUAUCGGGUAUGUUGAGUUUUUUUGGUGUUGGGAAAAAGAAAUUGAACAGAUUAAAUAUACGGGGGUCCUCCAAUUACAUCAAAGUUCGUUCCUACAGAUUGAUGAGUCGAUUUUUGCCGUAAGUUGGAACUCUGGCAAAAACAUAAACAAAGCAUGCAUCACAAUAUUGAUCAGUUCUUCGGGAAAGUCAUGUUCCCGGCAUUUUAUUCUAUCUAAUUUCACUUCCAUGGAGGCAGCUUUUCUUCUCCUCGAAGCAUCAGAAGAGUCCAUAAUGAAGGUAUAAAGUUAGUGAACGUAGCACAAUCCAAGGUGGAGUACAACCGGAGAAAGGGGGAAAAACCCGUCUGUUUGCACCGUGUCACGACCUAUUCAUCCGCUCCGCUCGUCAGCUCGCUGCACGUAAACAGUUCCAAUGUUACAAUGAAAUGCUGUAAGUCGAGGACGUUGUAAACUGAGGACCUCAUGUGUUUGCUUUUUUAAUGCAGCACAGAAGAUGUUUGAGUUGUAUCUAUUUGGGGUUUAAUAUUGAAAAUAAAUGGUCACUCCACGUACUGUAGAGGUAUUUGUCAUUUGAUUUUCGUAAACACUGCCUGCAGUUCAUCCUAAACAUCUCACUAUUUUCCUCACAUGACUGAAUUAAUCCUGGGUUUAUAGCUGCACCAAGGAGCUCACACUUUUUUGGGUUUUACAGAAUCUGAUUAGUGCAAACUGUUACUUUUUGGUGACUUUUUAAAUGAGACAUGAAGAACAAAGUGAGUUUAAAGCAUAAAGUUUAAGCUUGAAGUUGGUUUUUAAGGCAGAACUGGACGUCACAGAUGAGCAGCUGUUUGUUUUUCCAUCCUCCUGCUUUUCUGAGAUAAAAUGAGGGUUUUUGGGGUUCAGAGGUUUCCAGACUUCAGACUGACAGUUAAAGUUUCUGCUGCCAGUUUUCUCUCUUCCUGUCAAUAACGCUGCAGCUUCUUGUUCCCCAGGCGACUGUUGUCAUGACACAAUGACACCUGACCUGACAGACCGACCGACAUCAAGACCUCCACGACCUCUGACACGACCUUUGACACCUGUCUGACACCUGUCUGACCCGACUGCUGGUCAGUGACUAUAGAACCACAGCUACCGGAGCCUAAAUCAGCCUUCUGUGUUUAUGUAAUCUGCUCUCUGUCCUGCUUCUAAGUGCUUAGUUUCAACGCUGACUGUUCGAGGAAGACUUCAUUUAAAGUUUGAGAGUCUCCAGAGUCACUUUGUGGUUCAGGUGGAGGGCAGCGUUUUAUUUUCUGAACCUGUAGGCAGGAAGUUUCUUAUUUCUUCUGUUCUCUGUAAACUCACGUAGAGCUCCGUUUUAAAAGGUGUUUACUGGACUGUGAAGCUCAAUAAAAUGAAUGGUUCAACA